AGGAAUGAAGAUAUACAUUGACCCCUUCACAUAUGAAGACCCCAAUGAAGCAGUCAGAGAGUUUGCCAAGGAGAUUGACAUUUGCUGUGUGAAGAUUGAACAAGUGAUUGGUGCAGGAGAGUUUGGGGAAGUGUGUAGUGGAAACCUUCGUCAGCCUGGGAAGAGAGAGAUCCUUGUGGCUAUUAAGACACUAAAGGCGGGAUACACUGAACGCCAGAGGCGGGACUUUCUAAGUGAGGCAUCAAUCAUGGGCCAAUUUGACCAUCCCAACAUAAUCCAUCUAGAGGGGGUUGUGACCAAGAGCAACCCUGUGAUGAUCAUUACUGAGUUCAUGGAGAAUGGAUCCCUUGACUCCUUCCUCAGGCAAAAUGACGGGCAGUUCACAGUGAUCCAGCUGGUGGGAAUGCUGCGUGGUAUAGCCGCUGGCAUGAAGUACCUGUGUGACAUGAACUAUGUCCAUCGUGAUCUAGCGGCCCGGAACAUCCUGGUCAACAGCAACCUAGUGUGCAAAGUAUCUGAUUUUGGUUUGUCACGCUUUCUUGAGGAUGAUACUUCAGACCCCACAUACACCAGCGCUCUGGGGGGAAAGAUUCCCAUUAGGUGGACAGCACCAGAGGCUAUCAAGUACAGAAAGUUCACCUCUUCCAGUGAUUGUUGGAGCUAUGGAAUUGUCAUGUGGGAAGUGAUGUCAUAUGGAGAGAGGCCCUACUGGGACAUGAGCAAUCAAGAUGUUAUCAAUGCAAUAGAGCAGGACUACAGGUUACCCCCCCCUAUGGAUUGUCCCAGUGCACUGCAUCAGUUGAUGCUGGACUGCUGGCAGAAAGACCGGAACAACCGACCUAAAUUCAGCCAGAUUGUCAGCACCUUGGACAAGAUGAUCCGCAACCCAAACAGCCUCAAGGCCUUGACUCCACUGUCAUCAAGUGAUCACUUACCUCUGCUUGAUCGCAAUACUCCAGACUUAUCUUCUUUCAGCACAGUGGAUGAGUGGCUGGACGCCAUUAAGAUGGGCCAGUACAAGGAGAAUUUUGUCAACGAAGGAUUCACCAGCUUUGAUUUGGUCUCUCAAAUGACCACUGAGGACAUCCUCAGAGUGGGAGUGACAUUAGCUGGGCACCAGAAAAAGAUCCUCAACAGCAUCCAGUCCAUGAGGGCCCAGAUGAACCAGAUCACUUCUGUAGAAGUGUAACUCCACAAACUGAUGGCUCUGAUUACUGUGACAUAACCAUCACCCACUAACCCUGCAUUUUCCUGCAACCUCUGAGGAAGGCUGAUGACCGCCACACAGUCUGUGGUUUCAAUCAAACCUCACCUUCACCCUUGCUCACUCCAAACUCUCACAGAAGGUUCCACAGGCUGCAGCACAGCACAGAUGUUCAGUAGUUUUCUUUUAGCUGUUAGAUGUUCAGGUAACAGUCAUUUCGGGGGUUUGAUGUUGUAGUUCACCAUAACCACAGCCAUCCAGAUCCAGUCUUCAAACUACUCUGUCCAUGUCCGUUUAAUGGGACACCUUUAUUCUGUUUUAUGGUAACACAGCACACUUGGAUUUACUACCACCAUCAUCAAACUCAGUGGUAAAACAGUUUGUAAAAUUGGCUCUCCACUUUGCUAUUGUAUGAUACCUAUCGUUGAAAAUGACUGAACGUGAAAAACAACACACUAGAAUGUAAAAUGCAAGCUGGUAGCACCAUUUGUUUUCAGUGCAACAUAUUUAUUUACAAAUACACAUAUUGGUGGCUCUUAACUCUGUCAGUGAUAUUGGUCUUCUAGAUUUGGACUGGGAGGCAACAAACCAGUGUUAGAGCCACGGAUUAUUUAGUUAUUUACAACUGAACAAGUUAAGGGAAAUGGUAUCUUCCUUACCUUAACCUAAAGUCAAAACAUAAAAGUCCCAUAUUUUACCCUUUUCUAGUGUUUUAUUUGAAGUUUGUGGUCUGAAGUACCAAAAUCCAUGUCAUGUGGUUUACAUCACCUCACUCAUACAUCUCAAAAGCAGGGCAGUUUGUGUUGCAAAGCACAGGUAACGCAUUUUAGCCUAUUGUGACUUUGUAAAAUCCACCAGUAACUCCAAAUAGAGAUGGUCACUACUACUAAGUACUAAUGUUGGAAUUGAUAUAGAGCUAUACAAUAGGGCCUCUAGUCUGGUUCUAGAGCAAAUCCCUGGGUACACGUGACUUUCCCCAGUGUUGCAUUUCAGGAGUGGUAGAGUCGGCUGCCUCUGCCUCCAGCUCAGUCUUGGAGAUGAGUUGAUGACUUUCCUCUGUGGCUAGACAGUGUAUGUGACAUCACCAGCCAGGGGAGCGUGCAAGACCAGAGAAGUGGAUGAUCAGGAACUGGAGACAGCAAGCGGACGACUUUCAAGGAAGCAAAAUAUUAUUUACCCUGACUCAUCUCAGAGCUCUGACUCCAGGAGGUGGAUAUCAUCCAUUCACUGUGAGUAAACAAGAUGGCAGUAUACUAACUGAGACAUAAUAAAAAAGGGUUUUCAGUCAAAUUGUAACUCAAUUGAUAAAACCAGAAGAAUACCAAUAAAAGUAUUACAAGCUAAAAAGAUUUGUUGAAAAGACAAAACAAAACCCUAGCAACAGUCCUUAAAAGAGAACGAGCACAAAUUCCAAUAAUGAAUACAAAUAAAGUAGACUUUCUCCUGCCCAAUAAAACAAAAGAAAUGUUGGAUGCCUGAGCAUGGCUGACAAAUGUGACAUUUUUGAUGGCCUGUUUUAAGGCACAGUGUGUGAAUAUGGACUGUAUGUGUUUUUUGAUAUAUUUAAAUUUAUUUUUUAUUCCUAACAGUUC